AUGAACGACUGCACUGCAGCAUCGUCUCCUAGACCCAAGAAAAAGAGGGCUAAACAGACAGAACCAACUAUUAGUACCAGUUGCGAUUCCACGAUUGCCCCAAAUUAUAAUGCUGGUGCAAAUUUCGGUACAAAUGCCAUUCCACUGGAGCUGAGCAACUCUACCCUGUAUAUGGCAUUGAAACACGUAAUUUGGUACACGAAUUCGCUUUUCGCUAUAAAAUCACACAGCGACCUGCAGCAAUGCCAUAGAACUGCUGGGUUGGCACAAAGAUACAUUAACGCAGCAAUAUCAUCUAUCAGUCCAUACGAGCCACUGGGCCCCUAUAGACUUAAAAGGCCACUAGAUAAUAACUUGAAUUCUUUCGAACAUAUACCAUUCAAGAACGAUAGCUAUUGCCUAUCAGAAGUGUCAACACUGGAUUGUGCCAUUGAAGAUUCAUUUAGGCCAAACGAAACAGACCACGUUGACAAAGUGGAAUCAAUUACAUCACUGCUUGACGUUUACAUGUAUAAAUCGCAAUCGCAGCCAGUCCCGCCAAAAAAUCAAGCACCAGCCGAAUCAAUUAGCACAAUUCAAGAUGGUGGAGAAACGGAAUCUUCGGAUUCAGGUUCAAAAGAAACAAACACUCCAAUCUCCGACGCAGUGAAGAAGUUUAAAGAACAAGUGAAUCAUCAGCCACAAAUACCCCAAGAAUAUAUACAAAGUGAAUGGUCUCGAAACGACUUUCCCUUUUCCCCACUAGUAGAAAAAAUAAGAUCGAAUUUUUUCAAGUACCCGAGCUUCAGAGGUAUACAGCUCCAAGCAAUAAAUGCGUUGCUAUCUGGUAAAGAUGUAUUCGUUACAAUGGCAACAGGGGGAGGUAAAAGCCUUUGCUACCAACUCCCUCCACUAGUAUUUGGAGGUGUAGCCGUUGUGUUCUCCCCCCUCCUGUCCCUCAUAAAAGACCAGAUCAAGCAUAUGCAGCAAAUUGGACUUCACUGUGUAGAAAACGUCACGACAUACAAAACAUUUGUCAACUUAGCAAAACCCCGUGGGUACGAACACGGUGAUGCCAACGGCCUGAUCUGGUUUAUGACACCAGAAAAGUAUGCAAGCAGUAGUAGAACUUUGGCAUUUUUGCAAAAGCUAUAUGAUGAAAAUCAGCUUAGGCUAUUUGCAAUUGAUGAAGCCCAUUGCAUCAGCCAAUGGGGAACAGACUUUAGGAAGGACUACCGUAAAUUGGGCUCGUUGCGCGCCAAAUUUCCACACGUACCAAUAAUCGCAUUAACCGCCACCUCUCCCCCCAAUGUCACCAAAGAUAUUCUGACCUCCCUAAGAAUCUCAGGGGCAAUAUGCCUAAAUUCCAACACAAGCCGGAGAAAUCUAUGGCUUGAGGUGCGAUCAAAGUCCAAGACCCAACUCAAGGAAAUUGUCAAAAUCCUAGGCAAAGCUAAGGAAAGUGCAAUAAUUUAUUGCUUGAGCACGAAAGACUGUGAAAGGGUGGCAGAGGAACUUGUAAAAUGUGGAAUAACUGCAGGGGCCUACCAUUCUAAAAUGGACAAUGACACUAGGCUCCUAGUACAACAAGAGUGGAUGGAAAAUCGGAAGCGCGUAAUAGUAGCCACGAUGGCCUUUGGAAUGGGAAUAGACAAGAGUAAUGUGCGCUAUAUUCUCCACCACUCACCCCCCAGUAGCCUCGACCGAUAUUACCAAGAAAUAGGCAGGGCCGGACGAGAUGGCAAGUUCGCCAGAACUGUCCUGUGGUACUCUCCGCACGACUUUGACCGCCUAAAAUCGCUUGUGAAGGGCAAGCCCAAAUUCUCCCAGGCAAUAGAUCAAGUGGCAAACUACUGCUACAAUAAAUUGCAAUGCCGCCACAUGUUAAUCUCGCAAUUCUUGCACGAUGAGCCCGAAGGGGAGUCCACCGAAAAUUGCGCCUUCUUCCCAGGCGCCACACCUGGCUGCGAUAACUGCACCAAACGUCUUAAAUCUGUGUGGGAAGACGUGACAAUCGAGGCCCGAGAAAUCGCCAAAUUCGUAGCACAGGCGAUGGCCCAUCGCACCAAUCCCUUUCUCACAGUAUCAAUCCUAGUCAACGCCCUUAGGGGGUCGAUGAUGAAGGUAGUUGUCAAAUAUAGCCUUGACAAGUUACCUGGGCAUGGGUGCCUCAAGGGCGCUAGCAAAGAAAGGAUUAUGGAGAUUGUGCGCAAGCUGCUGGCAAUGGGUGUGCUGAGGGAGAGCCACCGGCGUAGCAAAAAUUUUGGCCGCACCGUGGUCAGUGUGGGCAACGGGGCCAAGGAUUUGAUCGGUGGAAAUAUGCGGUUAUUCAUUGAUGCUGUAACCAUCGACGGGGGAGUGAAGGCCGAACGGAACUCGUCCGUGCUGGAGGCGGCCUCUCGUAACAACAUAAAGAGGUCGAUUCCGGAACAGCUUUUUUCGCGCUCGGACUCCUCAGAACUGCCAGACUGUGAUUGA